GGCAGGAUCCGGCUCCGGCACCUUUACAGCAGCAGCAGCGGGAGGAGGAGGAGGGCAGAGCUCCCCGGUGUCCCUUGAGGAGGCGGCCAUGUUCUUCACGGAGGAGGAAUGGGCCCUGCUGGAUCCAGGCCAAAGAAAACUCUUCUGGGAAGUGAUGGAGGAAACGUACGAGAUGGCCGCCUCUCUGAGAGACUACAUUUCCCAGGAGGACUUGCGAGCGCCAGAGAGAUCUACCCUGCCUUUCCUAGGUGCCCCGGGGGCAGUUUUCCCUCCAGAUGGAAAUAAAAAUAUAUGGAGUAUGCCCUUCCCCGGGGCCUCCCUCCUUUCGUGCUUCCCCUGGCUUGGGGGAGAACUUGGCCUUUGCUCGUCUGCAGGAAAGAGCUCCCCCGUGUCCUUUGUGGGGGUCGCCGUGUUCUUCACAGAAGAGGAAUGGGCCCUUCUGGAUCCAGGCCAAAGAAAACUCUACUGGGCUGUUAUGGAGGAAAUUUUGGAGACCGCGGCCUCUCUGGUUGCAGAUGUGUUUGAGAAGGAAUCAGGAGGGAGAGUUGUGGUAAAAGACAACAACAUACAAGUGGAAGCACAAUCCGGGGGUCAAGCGGUACCCAAGAGACAUUGCAGAAAGAACAGGGAAUGGAAACAGAAGCAAAGGAAAGAAUUGGUGGUCUGUCAGAGCAGAAAGAAGCCUGAGGUCUCAGCCCAAGAUGAAACACGGAAGAGAAAGAAAAGGUCUAAUGGUACCAUGAACCAGAAGGGGUCCAGCUGCCAAUUCAGUACUAAAACAUCUCAGAAAGUUCCAGCAUUCUUGAAAAGGCAUAAAUGUGUGGAAUGUGGAAAGUGUUUCCACUGGAGUCAGUCACUAACUAUCCAUCAAAGGGUUUGCACAGGGGAGAAGCCAUAUAAAUGCUUGGAGUGUGGGAAAUGCUUCUCUCAAACUGGCACCUUAAAAACACAUCAAAAGAUUCAUACUGGGGAGAAGCCAUAUAAAUGCUUGGAGUGUGGAAAGUGCUACUCCCAGAAUAGCAGCUUGACUGCACAUCAAAAUAUUCAUACUGGGGAGAAGUCAUUCAAAUGCUUAGAGUGUGGAAAGUGCUUCUCUCGGAAUUACAUCCUAAAGGAACAUCAAACAAUUCAUACUGGGGAGAAGCCAUAUAAAUGCUCUGAGUGUGGAAAGUGCUUCUCUCUCAUUGGCAGCCUAACUACACAUAAGAAGAUUCAUACUGGGAAGAAACCAUACAAAUGCUUGGAGUGUGGAAAGUGCUUCUCUCAGAAUGGCAACCUAAGAGCACAUCAAAAGAUUCAUACUGGGGAGAAGUCAUAUAAAUGCUUGGAGUGUGGAAAGUGCUACUCCCAUAAUAGCAGCUUGACUGUACAUCAAAAGAUUCAUACUGGGGAGAAGUCAUUCAAAUGCUUAGAGUGUGGAAUGUCCUUCUCUCGGAAUUUCAUCCUAAAGCAACAUCAAACGAUUCAUACUGGGGAGAAGCCAUAUAAAUGCUUUGAGUGUGGAAAGUGCUUCUCUCUCAUUGGCAGCCUAACUACACAUAAGAAAAUUCAUACUGGGAAGAAGCCAUACAAAUGCUUGGAGUGUGGAAAGUGCUUCUCUCAGAAUGGCAACCUAAGAGCACAUCAAAAGAUUCAUACUGGGGAGAAGUCCUAUAAAUGCUUGGAGUGUGGAAAGUGCUACUCCCAUAAUAGCAGCUUGACUGCACAUCAAAAUAUUCAUACUGGGGAGAAGUCAUUCAAAUGCUUAGAAUGUGGAAAGUGCUUCUCUUUCAAAGGCAGCCUAACUGCACAUAAGAAGAUUCAUACUGGGAAGAAGCCAUACAAAUGCUUGGAGUGUGGAAAGUGCUUCUCUCAGAAUUACGCCCUAAGAACACAUGAAAAGAUUCAUACUGGGAAGAAGCCAUACAAAUGCUUGGAGUGUGGAAAGUGCUUCUCUCGGAAUUACGCCCUAAGAACACAUGAAAAGAUUCAUACUGGGAAGAAGCCAUACAAAUGCUUGGAGUGUGGAAAGUGCUUCUCUCGGAAUGACCAGCUAACUAGACACCAAAGGUUUCAUACUGGGAAGAAGCCAUAUAAAUGCUUUGAGUGUGGAAAGUGCUUCUCCCAGACUGGCGGCUUGACUGUACAUCAAAAGAUUCAUACUGGGGAGAAGCCACAUAAAUGCUUGGAGUGUGGGAAGAGCUUCUCUCAGAAUGUCCAACUAAGGUCACAUCAAAGGAUUCAUACUGGGGAGAAGCCAUUCAAAUGCUUGGAGUGUGGGAAGAGCUUUGCUCGGAAUUACACCCUAAGAGCACAUCAGACAAUUCAUACUGGGGAGAAGCCAUAUAAAUGCUUGGAGUGUGGAAAGUGCUUCUCUCGGAAUUACACCCUAAGAGCUCAUCAGAAGAUUCAUACUGGGGAGAAGCCGUAUAAAUGCUUGGUGUGUGGAAAGUGUUACUCCCGGAAUGGCGGCUUGAUUGCACAUCAAAAGAUUCAUACUGGGGAGAAGUCAUUCAAAUGCUUCAAAUGUGGAAAGUGCUUCUCUCGGUAUAACACCCUGAAACAACAUGAAAAGAUUCAUUUUCGGGAGAAGCCAUAUAAAUGCUUUGAGUGUGGACAGUGCUUCUCUCAAAGUGGCCACCUAAGGUCACAUGAAAACAUUCACACAGGGGAGAAGCCACAUAAAUGCUUGGAGUGUGGGAAGAGAUUCUCUCGGAAUGGUACCCUAAAAGAACAUCAAAAGAUUCAUACUGGGGAGAAGCCACAUAAAUGCUUGGAGUGUGGGAAGAGGUUCUCUCGGAAUGGCAGCCUAAGAGCACAUCAAAAGAUUCAUCAUGGGGACCUCCGUUGAGGAAUGCGGGUGGGCUGAAUUGAGGAACGACACGGUCAAGAGUCCAGUUUGGAGGAAUCCCCCAGCUGUUGAUUGAUCUCUCUGGGUCUUAAGAGAUGGUGAAAAGCUGGCUCCUUUUGUCCAGCGUCAGGAGCUCCCCGGGUUUUCCUACAGAGUCCUUGUUUUAGUCCUCAGACUAGAGUCCUGGAGAUGUGAGAUUUAUGAUCCAGCUCAGAGCCCUGCCAGAGUCUUUUUUGGGGGAGGGUGGGAAUGCAGCCUGUCCCUUCCUCCCAUCCUAAACUUCAGAGGAGUGCUCCACUGCUCUUGAUAAGGAGUGACUUUCAUCUCCAGCGAAGCAGCCCGUCUCUCAGACAUGUCGGUGGGAAAAAAUAAACCUCUCUCUUACAGCACUUUCCAUGUAGUUGGUUUUCUCAGACACUGGUGCAAGAAGCAUUUGAACAAGAAAAUGUUAUUGAGGAAUUCUGAAAACGAAACAUUUGCUUACCUGAAGGUUUCUUCACUUCCGUGGAGCAAAAUCAUCCAAUUAUUUUUCCCUCCCCAAGAGGCUGUUGUUACGCCUACUGGAAAGAUUGGCUGUUUUUUCUUUUCUUCCCCUUUUGCAUGGUUGGAUUUAUAAAGUCAUAUUACUUGGUUAGUUCCUUUUCUGAAAGUUUUCAGUAGUUUGGGGCUUGGCUAUUCUACACCUGGGAAGGACACUCCCCCACCACCAUGAUCUGGAAGGCAUCCCAAAAGUGUGCACAGCUCUGCCUGGAGGGAGAGGGGGGGUGACCUAACCACUGUGGAUGACUUCCCCCACCAGAGAAGAUGAUGAUAUUGGAUUUAUACUCUGCCUGAAUCUCAAGAGUCUCAAAGCGGCUCACAAUCUCCUUUAUCUUCCUUUUAUAUGUUUAUCUUCCUUUUAUAUGUUUAACUUUAAUUGUUAAAUUCAAUGUUUUAUCAUCUAUGUUAAUGUAUGAAUUGUUGUGAGCCGCCCUGAGCCGCCUAGGCGGGGAGGGCGGGAUAGAAAUAAAAUCUAUUAUUAUUAU